AUGUGGGCAACAGCCAAGAUCAAAGAAGUCGAGGUCGACAAGGAGGAGGGCAAGGAGGACGCAACGCACUGCACCAAGCUCUGGAGCGGCAUUGUCGCAAACCAGCUGGCAACCACGGCAAGUAUCCUCCCGCCUGGCCAUCUCAAGCUGCACAGCGAGCUCGGUCUGGGCGUUGAAAAUGACAAGACCAAGGAGGGUGAGGUCCCACUGCACGUUGUUGAACACGCGCAGGUUGUGGCGCUGCAGCUGUACCUGAUUAUUGAGAACCACGUCGCCCCUGCCGUCCCCUCCUCUGUGUUUCCAUCUAUGCCAGGCACUGGCCCAUAUCUGACGCUCGCAAACGUCAUGGCAAGGUUGCUCCUGCUGUAUCAGCUGCCUACGCCCACAGUGGAACAGCUGGACUCUGCCGCAUCGACCUCGCUGUCCUGGCUGUCAGAAGAGCAGACAAAGCUGCUGGAGGAGGUGAUCGCACAGGUGGCUGCGGCCGGGGUGGCACUCAAAGAGGAGGGAGAGGACGAAGACAAAAUGGACACCACUUAG